AUGGUCAAGUCUACUACCCUGGAUAGCUCCCUUUCCCCUCCCUGCUGCCUGGACGCCCUAUUCAGUCAACUUCCCCAGAACCUCGUGGUCGUACGGGCGGACCCUACCCCAGACAUCAUCUCAGCCCCCCCAGCAUCAUCAUGGUCCGGUGGGGAAUCCUCGGUACGAUCUCCCCGAUCCCUCGACACGGCACAGGCCUUCCUGCGCGCUAUCGAUGCCCCUGCGACCACCCGUGCCUACGGGACCUACGACGCCCUCCUCGCCGAUCCCGCCGUCGACAUCGUCUACAUCGCGUCGCCCCACUCGCAUCACUUCGCGCAUGCGCACCAGGCCUUGACCGCCCACAAACACGUGCUGCUGGAGAAGGCCUUUACCGUCAAUACCGCGCAGGCGCAACUGCUCGUGCAGCUAGCCCGAGCGCGAGGCCGGUUCCUGAUGGAAGCCCUGACGCAGCAGGUGCAGCAGCUGGUCCGCGACGGAGCGAUCGGGACCGUGCAGCGCAUCGUGGCGGAUCGCAACCUGGGGCGGGAUAUAGAGACACUGUUUCGGACGUGUCGACUUGUGAAUCCCGCUCUCGCCGGCGGAGCCUUGUUGGAUUGUAAAAACCCUCUGGACCCGCAGGUGGCCAGCUCGGUGAUCCGAUACCCAGCGACUGGAGUGGAGGAGACGGUGACCGUGGUGAUCACAGCCCCCGAGGCGAAGAUUCAAGGCGUGGCCACCGCCAGUCUGCGCGUUAGGGCGGACCCCAGCGAGCCCGGGGUACGCAUUCUGGGUACCCAUGGGCAGAUCCAGGUCUUUGGCCCGGCUGCCCGUCCGGACUGGAUCCAGGUCGUCGAGUAUGCAUCCACACAAGCGCCCGCGGUGACGCGCUUCCUGAUCCCUCAGGGGCAUGGGCUAUUCUGGGAGGCCGACGAGUGUGCCCGGUGUGUGCGGGACGGGCGAUUGGAGUCGGAUGUGAUGCCCUUGGCGGAGACCCUCGCGAUGAUGUCGGUGCUGGACCAGGUACGGGCGCAAAAUGGCCUCCGCUUCCCGCCCGAGCUAGAAUCCAUCGCAGCAUGACGUGUCCUGCAUGACUCAUGCUGAUGAAGCGCAA